AUGAACAUCUUUUGGUUUUUUUUUGCAGUUGUAUUUGCAUCACCAAUCAAAUUAUUAGAGCCAGAGGACGACUCAUUUUACCAGCCAACAGAUAACUUUGAACAUGAAGAACCUGGCACCAUCUUGAAGAUAAGAAAGGCACCUUAUCAAAUGAAGAGUAUCCAUUUUCCUGUUAAUGUUUCGAACGUUUGGCAAAUUUUAGUCAGAUCUGAGGAUGCUUUAGGGAAUGCCUCUGCCGUUGUUUCAACACUUUUUGAACCUUACAACUCCAAUAAUUCAAGAUUGGUAUCAUAUCAUGUUGCUGAAGAUGCUCCUAAUGUCAAUUGUGGUCCUUCAUUUGCAUUUGCAGGAGGUGGAUUUUCUUCAGUGGUAACCAAAUUGGAAAUGAUUUUGAUUCAAAGUGCUUUAAAUUUUGGAUAUUAUGUUUUGGUACCUGAUUAUGAAGGUCCCCUAAGUGCCUUCACUGUCGGUCCCACGGCUGGUUAUUCGAUUCUCAAUUCGAUUAGAGGUGUUUUACAAACGGAUAACGUCACAAACUUAUCGCCAGAUGCAGACGUUGUAUUGUGGGGUUUUUCUGGAGGAAGUUUCGCUAGCAGUUGGGCAGCUGGUUUGGCCCCUACUUAUGCAGAAGAUUUAUCAAGUAAUUUGAAAGGAUGUGCUCUUGGUGGAUGGCUCACCAACAUCACAUCAAUGUUCGAAAUAAUCGAAGGGUCCAUAUUUGUAGGUUUGACGCCCAAUGCUAUCGCCGGUAUGACAAAUCAAUUCCCUGAAUUUGAAACUUACAUCCAAAGUCAAUUGACUGAUGAUAGGAAAAAGAGUUACGAAGAAGUAUAUGGAUUUUGUUUAUCGGAUUCGAUAGUAAAUUAUGUUUUCACUGACUUUUUUACUGGGAACAGGAAGUAUUUCAGGAACGGUUGGAAGAUGUUUGAGGAUGCUGCUUUCAAAAAAUUCUUGGAUAUCAGCAUCCUUGGUACCAAUGAAACAGACCAUAUCAAGCCUGACAUCCCUAUAUUCCUUUUCCAUGGAGAAAAAGACGAAAUUGUACCUUAUAAAGACUCUCAGAGAGUUUAUGAUGUUUGGUGUAAUGAAAAAGAUGGGAUGGAUUCUUUUGAAUUUGCUUCCUCUACCUCUUCGGGGCAUCUAUUAGAAGUCUUCGAAGGGUCUGGUGCAGCUCUUGAAUUUAUUCAAAGAGUUUUCGAAGGAAAAGAAUUGGUCAAAGGUUGCAAAAAGACUUCAAGAACAACAAAUCUUUUCUAUCCUGGGGCUGUGACUCAAUAUAUAAACAUUAUCAAAUCCUUAUAUAAAAAUAUCAGAAACCAACCCAUCGGUCCAAAAGAUAAGAGAAGUUUAUUUGAUAGCGAAUGGGUAGACAACUUCGAAAUGAGGUCCUUGCUUGGUUUUCUAGAAUCCUAA